AUGGAAUCCUAUUCUAAGAAAAGAGCUAUUGGACAUGAUAUUGAUGGUAUUCGACCUUCUAAAAUCCCACUCUCAACCUUUCCAGAGGUUAAUAUUCAAUUUUCAUUAAUUUCAAAGGAAUUACCAUUAUCUGAAAAAAAUUGUCUGGUUGUAUGUAUGCCUAGUUCUGGCUCUUUUGAAUAUCAUCCAAUUUUUGAAUCUAUAGAUAAAUAUUUGGAUGGAAUUUUGAAAUCAAGUAUUCAGAAAGCCAUUGAUGCAAACUUAUUUGCUUCUGAAUGUUCAGCUAUUUCAAUAAAUUUACCUCCUAGUAUGCCAUAUGAAUCAUUAAUUAUUGUCUCUACUGGAACCAAUUUGAAUCUAUCAGCAAAUUUUUUUGUAAAACUAUCUAACACUUUACAGAGUCAUAUUUCCCAAUAUCAUAUAAAUUCCGCAAUGAUUGCUAUACCAUUUGAAACAAAGUCAGGAAUUCUCUUAAAUUUCCUAGCUGAUUUAAUACUUAAAACUAUUGAAGAUAAUCGUUUUAAGGGUAUCCAAUUCCAUGCUAAAAAUAAAAAUAGAAAGUUUGAAGAUAUUCACUUACUAGUAAAUAA